AUGGAGCAGGAGUGCGGAGUCAGAGUGCUGUGUCGGUUCAGACCCCUGAACGAGUCAGAAGUCAGGAGAGGAAACAAACACAGCGUCUCAUUCCGAGGCAGUGAGACAGUGGUGCUGUGUAGUAAGCCGUAUGUGUUUGACCGGGUUUUCCCCCCAAAUACAACACAGGAGCAGGUCUAUGAUUCCUCUGCUAAAGACACAGUCAGAGACGUCCUGGGUGGCUACAAUGGCACCAUAUUUACCUACGGCCAAACAUCUUCAGGAAAAACACACACCAUGGAGGGGAAGCUUCAUGACCCUCAGAUGAUGGGGAUAAUUCCUCGAAUCGCUCAUGAUAUUUUCAAUCACAUUUACUCCAUGCAGGAGAACCUCGAGUUCCAUAUUAAGGUUUCCUACUUUGAAAUCUAUCUGGAGAAAAUCAGGGAUUUGUUGGACGUGUCGAAGAAGAACCUGCCGGUGCACGAGAAUAAAAACCGUGUUCCUUAUGUGAAGGGUUGUACCGAGCGCUUUGUCUCCAGUCCAGAGGAAAUGAUGGGUGUGAUUGAUGAUGGAAAGGCAAACAGACAUGUAGCAGUAACCAAUAUGAACGAGCACAGCUCCCGUAGUCACAGCAUCUUCCUUAUCAAUAUCAAACAGGAGCACCUGGACACGGCGCAUAAACUCACAGGAAAACUCUACCUGGUCGACCUCGCUGGCAGUGAGAAGGUCAGUAAAACCGGUGCCGCAGGUGCAGUGUUGGACGAAGCAAAAAUGAUCAAUAAGUCCCUAUCGGCUCUCGGCAACGUGAUCUCCGCGUUGGCAGAAGGAAUUAAAACCCAUGUACCGUACCGUGACAGUAAGAUGACUCGGAUCCUUCAGGAUUCUCUGGGUGGCAACUGCAGGACCACCAUCGUCAUCUGCUGCUCUCCGUCUCCCUUUAACGAGGCCGAGACCAGAUCUACACUCCUCUUUGGACAAAGAGCAAAAAGCAUCAGAAACACAGUGUGUGUGAAUUUGGAGCUGACGGCUGCAGAGUGGAAGAAGAAAUACGACAAAGAGAAACAGAAAGGCUUUCAUAUGAAGGAGUUGAUCGACAAAAUCCAGACGGAGCUCAGGCAGUGGAGGAGCGGUGUGUGUGUACCCGUGAUGGAGGAAAAACAGGAAGAGCUUUGUGAGCUCACAAAAAUCGUUAACGGUUUGGCUUCUUCAACGCCGGCCUUGGAGAGCUGUCAGCCUGAGAAGAACAUUAGCAACCUGUACAAACUCCUGGAUGAUAAGGAUGAAGAGAUUAAUCUACAGACGCAGCUAGUGGAGAAACUGAGGCUACAGAUGGAGGUGCAGGAAGAGUUCUUGGCGUCGUCGCAGAGGGACAACGCUCGUGUUCAGGAGGAGCUGUGUUCUCUACACAGAGAAACCGAUGACAUGAGGGGAGAGGUGAAGGAGGUGCUGUCUGCACUGGAGGAGCUCGCUCUUAACUGUGACCGGAAGAGUCAACAGGCUUCUAACGCAAAAUGCACAAAUCACACGCUCAGUGAGCAGCUCGCCGUGAAGAACGAGAUGCUAGGGGUCACUCAGAGAGAGUUAGCAGAGCUGCAGGAGCUCAGUGCUGUCCAAACAAAGAGGACGGUGGACAUCCUGCGUGUGCUGCUGAGGGACCUGACCGACAUGGGAUCCGUCAUCACCGUUCAUGAAAUUAGCAUGGUGUGUGAGGAUGAUGAUGAUAUAGACGAAGGGUUCUCAGUGGUUCGGCUUUUUCUCACAAAGCUGAAGACUGAAUUGAAGAGCCUCAUAAGACGUAUGAAACAGUUAGAGAACGCCCAUGAGCACACUUCUGUCAAGAUCCUGGACAACGAGAGUGAGCUAGCGUCCUGUCACAGACUCGUCUCUCAGUACCAGGUGAAGAUCAAGUCUUUGACCGAGUGUGUGCACAAAGCCAAGGAGAUGAAGAGAACGCUGGAGGUCACUCAACGCACUUUAGCCGAAGAGUUAACCAAACUUCACACAUACGAGAGCAACCAGGAUGUGUGUGAACUCGAGAAGCAGAAAGAGCUGCUAAAGAUAACCCACUUGCACCAGAGCCAGGCUGCUCUGGUCGGAGAAUCUCAGUUGAAGAUGUUGGCUCAGCUGCGAGAGGAGUUCAACAACAAACAGAGGGUUUUAGAUGACCUAAAGGAAAUAAAUGAGAAUUUGGUGCUGGAGCAGAAAAGGCAGCAAUGUGAAUAUGAAAGCUUAAGGAUACAAGAGCAGAAGAAGGAAAUCCAACUACAGAAACUGAUUGUGUCUAAUGAGAAGACUGAGCACACCAGGGAUGAGCUGGGAGACUUCGAAGAGACACUGGCCCGACAGCUCCAGGCUUUACAUAAUUUGCGGAAGACGUUUGUGCAGGAUCUGACCACACGUGUGAAAAUGAGCGUUACACCAGACUGUGAGGAUGGAGGAAGCCACAUGUUACACAAACAUAAGCUGUCCUUCCUGGAGAACAAUCUAGAACAACUCACCAAAGUCCAUAAACAGCUGGUACGAGAAACAGCAGACCUGCGCUGUGAGCUUCCCAAACGUGAGAAGCGUCUGCAUGCGAUGAUGGAGCGAGUGAAGGCCCUUGAGUGCGCGCUCAGAGAGGCCAAACAAAGCGCAUCACGAGAGCGCAGACUCUACCAGCAGGAGGUGGACCGCAUCAAAGACACAAUCCGAGCCAUGAACAUGGCCUGCUGCGGACACGCCGCCCUCAUCAAUAAGUCUGUUCGUCCUGGCCACCAUCACACCCUCCCUGAAAAUCCUGGAAGAGACGGGCCAGCAGUCUACAGCUAUUACCAUAUUUAAGCUUCAUUGCCACUGUGUGCGUG